CUUCCGCUGACCGGGCUGCUGUCACACAGCCAUCAUGUUAUCUCGUUCCCGGUGUCUUACCAGGAAUUUGGGACGUUCCCUCUCCGUCAUUCGCCAGGGAAAUAAAGUGUUCUCCCGUCAAGCUACUGCAGCCCUCUCUACUAGUCAUGGUGUAAUUUACAAUAAAAGUCUAAAUUCACAACCUCGGUCUAGUGUCUUCCAAAUUCAGUACUUUAGGACAUCUGCAGCCUACAGAGAUGACGUUGUCACAGUUAAGACCCCGGCGUUUGCAGAAUCCGUCACAGAGGGAGAUGUGAGGUGGGAGAAAGCUGUUGGAGACACUGUGACGGAGGAUGAGGUGGUGUGUGAAAUUGAGACUGAUAAGACAUCUGUACAGGUCCCCUCCCCUGCUGCUGGAGUGAUCGAAGAGCUUUUGGUUCCUGAUGGAGGCAAAGUUGAAGGUGGCACUCCACUGUUCAAGCUUAGAAAAGGAGCGGGUGCUCCUAAAGCAGCUGAAGCUCCUAAAGUGGAGGCCCCUCCUACAGCUUCCCCUCCUCCUCCCCCCUCUCCCACUUCACCCCCUCCCUCCAUCGUGGGCCCCAUUCCCACUACAAUGCCCCCUGUGCCACCUGUGCCAGCACAUGCUAUGGCCGCCAAACCAGUUUCGGCCAUCAAACCCACCCCAGCUCCAGCUGCACCAGUGGCUCAAACAGAAGGAGUGGUGAAAGGGGCCAGGACAGAGAGCAGGGUCAAGAUGAACCGGAUGAGACUGAGAAUAGCUCAGAGACUGAAGGAAGCUCAAAAUACCUGUGCGAUGUUGACUACUUUUAAUGAGGUUGACAUGAGUAACAUCUCCGAAAUGAGGAAGAGCUAUAAAGAUGCUUUUCUGAAAAAGCACAACAUCAAAUUGGGCUUCAUGUCUGCAUUUGUGAAAGCUGCUGCCUAUGCUCUCAGUGACCAACCUGCUGUCAAUGCCGUUAUUGAUGAUACAACCAAAGAGAUUGUGUACAGGGAUUAUGUGGACAUCAGUGUGGCUGUGGCCACACCAAAGGGUCUGGUGGUUCCAGUUAUUCGAAAUGUUGAGGGAAUGAACUUUGCAGACAUUGAAAAAGCCAUUAAUUUGUUGGGAGAAAAGGCGCGCAAAAAUGAGCUUGCUGUUGAAGAUAUGGAUGGUGGAACUUUCACCAUUAGCAAUGGUGGUGUUUUUGGAUCCAUGUUUGGGACACCUAUCAUUAAUCCACCUCAGUCUGCCAUUUUGGGCAUGCAUGGCAUCUUUGACAGGCCUGUUGCUAUUGGUGGAAAGGUGGAGAUCCGUCCCAUGAUGUACGUUGCCCUGACAUAUGACCAUCGUCUUAUUGAUGGACGAGAGGCAGUAACUUUCCUGCGCAAGAUUAAGUCUGUGGUAGAGGACCCCAGGGUGUUGCUUCUUGACAUGUAAAAUUGAAAUCACCAACCAAACAACGAUGACAAUAGACAACGGCCAACUCACCCAGUGAACUUUACUAUGACUGCAGUUGUUGUAAUAAGCCAAUAGAAAGGGAUUUUAUGAAACAGUUGGAAGUGCAAUGGACAUUUUAAAGGCUUGCAGGGGUAGCGAUGCACUGCUUGGGUUUGGCAGUUUAAUUGGUGCUGGUCUUAAGAUCAAAAGCUAUUACUUGUACUACACCUAUGUUUUCUAUAUACAAAUCAAAAUGUCAGCAUAUUUCCAAGUUGAUGGCAAAGUUAACUGCAUUGUAUUGUUUUAUCUAGCACUGGGUUAAAGAUACACAUGUUUUCAAAUGAAAUGUCAGAAGUGAGGAAGAUAUGUUUAUGCCAUGUAUUUCAUUAUAAUGAAAUGCUGUGUAACAGAUUAUUUAAAAGAAACUUUUAAAAAUAAAUUUGCAUUAAUGAA